AUGCCGAUAUCAGCACAACCAAGAGAGUAUAUAAAGAAGGUUUUCUCUCUUAGUUUGGCAUUACUGGAUUGUCAUAUUAGCUCUCCUUACAACAUGGUUAAGAUCAUUUUCUACGAGGACAGAAACUUCCAGGGUCGCUGCUAUGAGUGCACCUCAGAAUGUCCCGACCUGUCCUCUUAUUUCAGUCGCUGCAACUCUAUCCGUGUAGAAAAUGGGAACUGGAUACUCUAUGAGUACCCCAACUACAAGGGAUAUCAAUAUUACUUGAAGAAAGGAGAGUAUCCUGAUUUUCAGCAUUGGCUGGGAUUCAAUGAUUCCAUCAAAUCAUGUCGUUUCACCCCACAACACAGUGGAUCAUUCAAAAUUAAGAUCUACGAGAGAGAAGACUUUAAAGGUCAGAUGAUGGAGUUUUCUGAAGAUUGUCCUCAUGUGUAUGAGAAAUUUCGUUACCAUGACAUCAACUCCUGCAAUGUUCAAGAUGGAUACUGGAUGUUCUAUGAGGAACCAAACUACAAGGGACGCCAGUAUUAUCUGAGACCUGGAGAGUACAGAAGAUACAAUGAUUGGGGUGCUUUGAAUUCAAAAAUUGGUUCAUUCAGGAGACUCCAGUUUCCUUACUAAACUAAAUAAUCUAAUGUUAUAUCUUGAAUUUACAAUAAAGCACAAAAGAGUUAUAAUUUU